CUGAGGCUGGGGAUUGUGACCUGCAUAUUUUCCCUGUUAUCUCUCGCAAUUGGCAUCAGUUCAGUGGCAACAGGUGCUGCGUUCCCGUAUGACGCCGGAGGGGGGAUCAUCGCAGGAGUGUUUACCUAUUACCGAAAUGAUGGAACAUUCCGACUGACAAAGCUGUGUCGGUAAAUAUGUAGCACUAAGCCUAGCCGAUUUUGUUUAGCUCUAUUGAAUGAUAAACCUUAAGAAAAACUUAUUUUCGUUUCAAAACUUUUUUUUUGAAUUCAUGUUUUGUUUUAUUGAAUUGUAGAGUACGAGUACAUUUAAACUGCAUUCAAAAGGUGAACAUUUGUAUAUAUCCCUAGUACAUACUUGUAAGGGUAUGACUUUCUCUUCAAACAGUUAUGUAUCUACACAUUGUACAUAAUAUAUACUUUAUAGCGGAAAUAUGAAAAUCUGCGAUCUGAUCUUUUGUCAGCAAUCUAUAAUUAUUGGUUGUAGAUAUUUACGCAAAAAUAUGCUCUUUCCAAGACAAAAAAUAAAAAAAAGUUGUCAAAACGGUAAAUCUGUGAGAGUGCAGCUUUAAUGCACGUAACAUGUUGCUCAGUGUUUGCAUAAAUCCUCUAAAUUUGUUUCAGGCGCUUCUAUUGACCAUAUGUCCAAUAUGCAUGUACCGGGACUCGAUUUCUGGCAGAAACAGUACAGGCUGGGGGUGCUGUAUGCUUGUUUAUUUUAUCCUUGCUUUCAUGGCAAUAGGAUUCAGCGUUGCUGUAUCGGGCGUGUUUGCAACUGUCGAGUGUGUAACUCCAUCUACUUCAACUAACGCAUGCAACGGGACCUUGCUGACCAUAUCCGUUUUAACCCUCAUAGUAACAGUGGUGCUGGCGGUUUUAUCACUGGCAAUUCUCUUCACAUGCUGCUGUAACGCAAGUAAAUUCGGUGUUCCCGAACACGAACGACAAAGAGAAAUAUUUGAAAGAGAAAGACUGGAAGACACUCGAAAUGGGUUUAACACUGGAACCAAUAUUGAAACAGGUGCAAGACUUGUUAAUGGUUCGGAUGCCCAGCCUAGAGUAGCUAUAGGGGAACAAACCGUCUCUGGUCCUGUUCCCGUCUCUGGUCCUGAUCCCGUAUAUGAGAGAACGUUGAGGCAAAGAGAGCAAACCUUAUUAGAGGAACGCCGGAGAGAAAGACUUGAAAGAGAAAGACAGGAAGAUAAUCAAAACGGGUUUAGCACUUUGGACGAAACAGGUACCAAUACUGAAUCAGGUGCUGUUAGCAUUGUUAACAAUUCUGGUGCAGAUCCUCGCGCUUCUACAGAGGAACCAAACUUGUUUGAAUCUGAUUCCGAUGACAGAACGGUUAGUCAAACAGAACAAGAGUUGUUAGAGGAACGUCGGAGAGAGAGUAUUGAAAGAGAAACACAGGAAGACAAUCGACACAGGUUUAGCACUUUGGAUGAAACGGGGACCAAUACUGAAUCGGGUUCUCUUAGUUUUGACAACAGUUUAGGUGGCCAGCCUAACGCCCCCACAGUGGAACCAAUCAUUUCUAGUCCAGAUCCUGUACAUGAUAGAACUGUGCGGCAAAUAGAACACGAAUUGUUAGAGGACCGACGGAGAACAAGACUUGAAAGAGAAAGAUGGGAAGAAAAUCGAAAUCGGUUAAGCACCUUGGACGAAAUGGGAACCAUUACUGAAUCAGGUGUUCCUAGUUUUUUUAAUAGCUCUGUUGCCCAGCCUAGCGCCCCUCCAUUGGUACCAAACUUCUCUGGUCCUGAUUCCGCAUAUGACAGAACGGUGAGGCAAAUAGAACGCGAGUUGUUAGAUAAUCUUAGGAGGAACCGACUUCAAAGAGAAAGACGGGAAGAAAAUCGAAACCUGUUUAGCACUUUGGACGAAACGGGAACCAAUACCGACUUAGAUGCUCCAAAUUAUGUUUAUAAUUCUGGUGCCCAGCCUAGUGCCCCUCCAGUGGAGCCAAGCCCGCAUGCAGACCUUCCACCUUCCUAUGAAGAAGCCUUGCCUUCCUAUGAGGAAGCUCUGCCUUCCUAUGCCGAAGUUAUGGAAGAUGAAGAUAAAUAUAUAAAAACAAAAACUUCAAUAAGUUCCAAUGUAUAGUGAUGGGACAGUAUUUAAUGAACAUUAGAGUGAUCUGAAUCUGAGGGUUUAAAAAUCGGAGUUUACAUUGAACUUCAUAAUUUAUUGCUAUGUACAAUGAAUGGAAUCACUGAGACUUCUGGAAAGGAUACAGAUGAGAUUUAUAUUGAAUACCUAGGCAGUUAUUCAUAAAACAUCUUAAUUAAUAUCCUUACUAAAAUCACUUACCUAAUUUAAGUAUCUUACUUGUUAUCUUAAAUAAUUAAUUAAUGAUUUCUGAAUUACAUUAUGUCAUUGAAAUAACAUGUUUUUAUGUUUUAACACAUUUUCAAUUUGACUAUGACAUUUUAGGAAAAUGCCUUAAUUUAAACAAUUACUUAAUAUGGUUUACGAAUACCGGCCUUGUCCUGUAAUAGUAAUAAUGAUACAAUGAUAAAAAAAUAUUUUCCAGAAUAAAGCCACUGUGUGCAGGCCUGUUCAAGAGGUUGUUCGACUUAACUACAUUUUGUUUAUAUUUAUAACGGUACAAUAGUAUGAUUUUAAAAACUGAAGUAAACAGUUUUUCAUUUACUUGUGUAACCUACUGUUAAUUACCUUAUAAUAAUUGUUGUGUUUGUAAAUUGAAAUGUUAGUCAUUUAUACAUGUUAUUUAUUACCAUGUUGACUCUUAUACAUGUUUGACUGUGCUUUAUAUCAGUAUUAAAACACGUAUUAUUCUUUUGAAAAUGUGAUUAUACACAAGGAUUAUGUUUGGAAAAAUAUUGUCCUUAUAUUAGAUAAAUCAGUCAAUUUCUUACAGACAUAUCUGCCUAUCACGGAAUUUGUUUUACACUCCGGUUGAAAAGCGCACAAUAUAAAUUGAUGUUGUUUUUAUGCCCCCCGAAGGUGGGCAUAUUAAAAUCGCACCAUCCGUCUGUCCGUCCGUCCGUCCUUCCGUGCGUCCGGCUCAAUAACUCGUGUCCGGGCUGUAACUUUCUCUUGUAUGGACAGGUUUUAAAAUAUCUUGCCACAUGUGUUCUACAUACCAUGACGACGUGUCGCGUGCAAGACCCAUGUCCCUACCUCUAAGGUCAAGGUCACACUUAGGUGUUUAUUCACAAUGGAAUGCUGCAUAUAAGGACACAAAGUAUAAAUUGUCGUGUCAGGGCUGUAACUUUCUUGUAUGGACAGAUUUUGAAAUAACCUGCCACAUUUGUUCGACGUACCAAGACAACAUGUCGUGUGCAAGACCCGUGUCCCUACCUCUUAGGUGAAAGAUACACUUAGUGUUUAUUCACAAUGGAAUGCUAAAUAUAAGGACAUCAGAGUGUAGGUUGUCAUGUAUGGGUGCUAUUUUUACAUGUUCAAUGGCAAUUUAAAAUAACUUGCCAUAUGUAUUUGACGCACAUUCCCUUGUUAAAAAGGCGCCAAAUUAUCGCCAAUAUUUUAUUUAUCUGUACCUUAAUCAUAUGUAUUUUCUUGUUCUGGUCGUUAAAAGCCUAUGAGUUGAACACAUAAUACAUUAAAAUGAAAAAUAAAUAAUUCAGUCCUCAACACAAUUAUCAUUGAAACAAAAUGGCAUAUUUAGAAAAGUAGGAACUCAAUUAAACACGAAUAAGUUCACACGGACAUUAGUUUAACAUUAAUUUCUAUCCGUAAAGAAAUAACAGAUUUAGUUUAAUACUCUUAAGAAUACAUCGACAGGCAUAUUAUAGAAGCAAAAUAUAAUUAAAUUCAUAUGGAUUUAAUCUGUUUUGUUUCCUUUACUCUUUUGAUAUUGUUAGUAAAUUAGAAAAUUAUAGUGGUUAUGUGACUUAAGCAUGCUUUACACUUUUAUGUAUUGCAUACUUUUUACCUAUUUCCUAUCUUAGAUUUUAAUAUUUUGUUUCAUAUUACGGGUAUAGUUAUUGAGUACUUAUAAACAAUGCUUAGAAACAAUUAUUUCAUUGAAAAGAAUUGUAUGCAUAUAUUGACAUUUAUAUCAUGCUUUUUCUUUUUCAUUGUUAUAAGUGUUGGUUAGGGAUCCCCGACCCCAUUUCACACAUGUUACGGGGAAAUAAAAGAAGUCAUUGGCUUCGUAAAGAAAACAGACCAAAAAAUGUGUUAUUAUAAUGUUUUAUAAUUUGUGCCACUGUAUGCAUUUUAUGAUUUUAAAUU